GUUAAGACCGAAGUCAAGAUAACGCAAGUCAUUGCUGAAAACACUCUUGAUGACAACAACUUUUUAAACAUGAAGACGCAUGCUGUCAUUAUACUGUUACUUACGCUGCUAUGUGCCAUCGCCGUGCGAUCCACCGUGGAUGUUGAAAGUAAACUAGCUGAUCUGGAUGCCAAAAUGUUACAGUUUGAAGCUAAAACUGUACAGCUUGAGGACAAGAAUACAAAGCUUGAUUCCAAAAAUGUCCAGCUUGAGGCGACAAUUGGGAAGCUUGCGGCAAAAAUUGAACAGCUUGAAAAAGAACGUAAUGCAGACAAAGAAAUAAGAAAGGAGAAAGAUGUGACAUCUGCAUUACGGCUUAACAAUCAUAACGGGACAGGUGCUAUGCAGAAAAUUCCAUUUGGCUUCAUUAAGUCACCGCACACAAGAGUACCUGGGACUGUCCCCGCUGCCUUUACUGCGUGUCUAACAACGCCAACUCUUGGGAGUCCACCAAACAACGUGGGAGUCCACAACACCAUACAGUUUGAUAAAGUUGUCACCAACUUCGGUAACGCUUACAAUCAGUACACCGGGGUGUUUACAGCGCCGGCGAAUGGUGUGUACGGGUUCCACGUAACCCUUAUGACAGAAGGAAAUAAUAUCGCCUACUUCCAAAUCGUGAUUGAUGGUCAAGCUGUUGACGACAUGUACGUGGACGCUUCCCACACGAACGAACUGAAGAGUACCGCGGAAUUUGGCUCCUCCAGCUGA